UUUUUAUUAUUUGUCUAGUGUAAAGUAAAUUAUACUUUAAAAAUAUAAAUUGAAUCUUUAAAUUUCAUUUAAUUAAUAACAAAAUCUUAAGUUUCAAAUUUAAUCAACUGAAGAUUUUUGCUUUUACAAAAUGCACAUUUUUUGGAUAUUUUGUAUUUUCCUCGGAUUAUUUGUACAAAGUUCAAUUACGUUUGUAAAUGAUUUUGAAUUUAUAGUAUUUAGUCAACAAUGGCUAAAAAGUACGUGCAUUAAAUUGCAAAUACCAACAAAUAAAUGCAAUGUUCCACAACAAGAUUACUGGACCAUACAUGGUGUUUGGCCAAAUCGACAUGGAAAAAUACAACCUUCAAAUUGUAGGCCAGAUUUAGAAUUUAAUUUACAUGAAUUGGAUAAUAUAAGAGAUAAAUUAGAAAUAAAAUGGAGAAGUGCUUUAGAUAAGAUGGGGUAUGAUUUUUGGAAGCAUGAAUGGGAUAAACAUGGAACAUGUUCAAUUCGUUUAAACAGCAUGAAUACAAUAGAAAAAUAUUUUUACAUGGGAUUAAAAUUAAAUAAAAUAUAUGAUAUUCAGUAUAUUCUUGAGAGAUCAAAUAUUAUACCAGGUAGAAGAUAUCCAAUUUCAAAAAUUUUAAAUGCUUUAGAUGAAAAAUUGGGAGUUUUGCCACAAGUCACUUGCAUCAGAGGUGGCAAGGACAAAGAUCAAUUUUUAGAAGAAGUUCGAAUUUGUAUGGACAAGGAAUUCAAAUUAAUUAGUUGCAAAGAACACCUCAAAACGGAAACCAAUUGUAACCGUGUCCAGUUUGUGGAAUAUCCCGAAAGGUUUGGUGAUUAUUAGAUUAUGUCGCAAUAUAAACGAUAUGACGUCUGGUAUUGAUUCAAAACACUUGAGACACUUGUGUAAACUAUUGUAAUGUUUUCUUAAUAAAAUUUAUUGUUAAGUUUAAUAAAUUUAUAUACAAAAAAUACAA